AUGGAAUUCCACUUCAUGACCUCUCACAGUAACCCUAUUACUCAAAAAUUGACCAUUGACAUCAAAUGGCAUCCCCCUCAAAAGGGGUGGUACAAACUCAACGUUGAUGGUGCUCAUGAUAACCUCAAAAGUGGCAUAGGUGGAGUCUUCCGAAGUUGGAGGGGGAAGUGGAUUAUUGGCUUCCAAAAGAAAACCAAUGCCAUAUGUCCUCUACACGCUGAAUUACAGUCACUCCAGGAAGGCCUCAAAUUAGCUCACAGAUUCAUGCUGUUUCCAUUAGAAAUUGAAACAGAUUCAAUAGACGUCAUCAAAGCCAUUGAAAAUGGCCAUGCUACUCUAAAUAACGUAAUCUUUUUUUCCAGGUCAUUAAUGCUCCAGCUGAAGGACCUAGUACUGAGGCAUAACUUCAGAGAAGGCAAUAGGGUGGCGGAUGCACUAGCAAAAGAUGCAAAAAACGAGGACGACAGCAAAAAUAUGCAUGAAGAAGUUAAAGUAUUAGUGUCACCACCAGUUUUUGUAAAAAAAACGCUUGCAAAUGAUAUGAGUGGGGAUCCUAUUUUCUCUAAGAAUGUAUCUAGUAGUAUCUGUAAUAUGCUAUUUUGCCUAGGAAAUCAAAACAUUAUGAAGGAAGGGCCAUCUGAUCCUUCACUCUUCGCAUUAAGCGAAGAACAAUGUAAUAUGCCAAACGCAGCUUAG